CACAAGUCGCACAGGAGUCUUCAGUAAUCUACCCAUCAUCAAUGGAUACACAGCAGAGAAUUGAAGCUGCUAAACUGACAGAAUCUGAAAAUGGAAUGCUGUAUGGCGAAUAUCUUCAAUUAGACAAAAUUUUAUCAGCCCAACGGCUCUUAAGCGAAGUACACAAAGCCACUGUUCCCGAUGAACACUUAUUUAUCAUUACGCACCAAGCAUACGAACUAUGGUUCAAACAAAUUAUAUUCGACCUGGAUUGGAUAAUAGCAGUUUUCAGUAACCACAUGGGUCUAGACGAAAGUGAAACAUUAGGAAUUAUAAAGCGGCUCAAUAGAAUAGUUCUUAUACUGAAGGUGUUAGUAGAACAAGUGAUGGUUUUGGAAACGAUGACUCCAUUGGAUUUUAUGGACUUCCGAGGAUAUCUUUGUCCUGCAUCUGGGUUUCAAAGCAUGCAAUUCAGAGACAUCGAAAAAAAACUUGGACUUAGACUGGAAAAUAAAUCACUUUUAAAACCAUGUGAUCAAAAUAAAGAUAAAGAGAUUCAAGAAAAUUCAAAAGAAAAUGAUUUAUCUUUGGCAGAAUUAGUUGAGAGAUGGUUAGAAAGGACUCCUGGUCUUGAAGAAAAUGGAUUUAACUUUUGGGGAAAGUAUAAAAAAAAUGUUGAAUCUUUACUUAACAUGUACUACAAUGCAACACUGGAUGCUAAGACAGAUUGUGAAAAGCAAAAAAGAAUGGCUGACUACGAGAGGAGAAAAGCUACCUUUGAUUCAGUCACAGACAUUAAACUACAUGAAUCCUUAGUUCAAAGAGGGGAAAGACGAUUCAGGCACAAGGCUUUACAAGGAGCAAUAAUGAUAACCUUUUAUCGAGAUGAGCCACGUUUCAGUCAGCCACACCAAAUCCUUAUGUUGCUUAUGGACAUAGACUCAUUAGUAACAAAAUGGAGAUAUAAUCAUGUUAUAAUGGUUCAAAGGAUGAUUGGAUCUCAAAGUCUAGGAACUGGUGGAUCUUCCGGUUAUCACUACCUAAGAUCAACAUUAAGCGACCGCUAUAAAGUUUUCUUGGAUCUCUUCAAUCUCUCUUCUUAUUUACUUCCUCGAGGAUACAUACCACCAUUGAGCAGUCAAAUUAGAAGUCAAAUUAAUCUAUAUAAAGAUUAUAUCAGCCAAACAAAUGAUGACACAUCUGCAUAAUGUUGCCAUUUUAAAACUCUUUAUAAAAAAUUUGGAAUCAUCAAAAUGUCCUAUUAUAUUCAUUUGUCAUAAAUAAUGCAAAAUAAAAUAUGGUUAGUUGCCUCUGAUUACACUGAUUUGUGAAGAUGUUCAAACAUAUGUAUAAAAAUAAAUGCAAUGAAAUUAUCCAUUUGCAUCCAUCCAUCUAAAAAUUUGGGAUCUGUUUAUAUUGUAUACCAUUUUGCCCACAGUCGGUCAUUUUAAUUAGCAAUCUCUUGCUGUUGGAGUUUCCUAUUAUUUAUCAUUAUUUAUUAUCAUUGUGAUGAGUAUUAAAUAACUGUUUCAUGUACCUAAACAUUCAUAAAAAGUAUGCAUAUUCAAGUAAAAUGACUUACAUCAAAUUUCAUAUUUGGAACAUUAUGGUAUUUGAAGCAAAAAGGAAAAUGUAUCAUCUCCUUUAUACAAUAAAUUGACAUCCCAUUGAACUCUAAAAAUCUACUGGGAGUUUCUUUAUUUCUUUAGCAAUGGAAAGUUGAUGGCAGUGACAUUAUCUUCAACUCUAAAAACUCUAAUUACAAUAGUUACACCUCAUGGAAAUCUUGUGAAAGUAUAGCAGUCUAUAUCCAUUUUCUGACAAAUUAAAAUAAAUCUUAAAGGAAUUUGUCAGCAAAGGAGGUAGACUGAUAGCAGUUGUGUUUGUUAUAUCUUUAAUGAAAACAAUUCCUGACUAUUUGAACCAAUAAGUCGUAACACUAUAAGGUUAUUAUUAUUAUAGAAAACUGAUAAAAAUUUUAGAAUGUAUUUUAAAUUCAGUACCAAAAAUUUGUUUUGUAUCUUAACUAUACAUGUCUGCUAAUUGUCAUGAAUAGCUCGGUUACUUAUGCUUUUCCAUGAAGUAGUUUCAAAUUUCCAAACUUGAUUCUUAUUAGUAUGUGAUAAUGAAAAGUAUUCAUUGAAUAGUUUCUCUGGGCUUUGAGGUGUCAAACUAUAAAAACAACACUUGUGUUGUUAUAUGUAUACUCACACA